GAGGAGAAGGAGGAGCAACCGGAGGCUGGGGGAUGUACACAUGCCUCUGAACAGAUGGGGGUGCUGUGUCCUACAGGCUGUGAGCUGAAGACGGCCAUACUGAAACAAGAGAGGAACGUAAAAGAGGAAGUCAGGAGGAUGCAGAAGGAUGUUGACGACCUGUCGAGAUCCUCUAACACCAUCUAUAACUACGUAGACGGAAUGUCCUCAGCGCUGAGAGAGAGACAGCUGGUUAGCAACGAGAAUGGUGACCUGGUGAGUCAGUACACAGAUGACUUGGAGACCCAGCACGUUUAUGCAAAGGAGGCAAUAGACACCGUGUUCCCAUCUAACAUCAGGAUCCUGCAGGGAGUCCUGGAGACGAUCCGGUUGAAGAUCCAGAGAGUGGAGAAGGCCAUCCUGGCCCAGAGAGACGAAUGCAGGGAGCAGUGCACCGUCUCCUGCCCCAUACCUGUUGUCUCUGGUAAGGAGUGUGAGGACAUCUACAGGAAAGGAGGAAGGGAUUCUGGGAUGUAUCUGGUCCAGCCUGACCCCUUCUACCAGCCCUACAAGGUCUACUGUGACCAGACCACUCAGAAUGGAGGCUGGACCACUAUUCAGAACAGGAUGGAUGGUUCUGUAGAUUUCGGCCGGCGUUGGGACAACUACCGCAGCGGUUUCGGGAAUAUCGCCUUCGAUGUCGGGAAGGGACACUGCAACACUCCAGGGGAGUACUGGCUGGGUAACGAACGCAUCAGUCAGCUGACCAAGCAGGGUCCCACUGAGGUCCUCAUGGAGAUGGAGGAUUGGUCUGGCAACAAGGUCCACGCCCAGUACAAACAGUUUACUAUACAGAACGAGGCGUCCAGAUAUGUGAUGGCGAUCAACGGGUACUCUGGUACGGCUGGCAACGUGAUGCUGGAGGGGGCUACGGAGCUGUCUGGAGAGAACCGGACCAUGACCAUCCACAACGGAAUGAUGUUCAGCACCUACGACAGAGACAACGAUAACUGGACCCCAGGUGACCCGUCCAAGCAGUGCUCCCGUGAGGACGGCGGUGGCUGGUGGUACAACAGGUGUCACUCAGCCAAUCCCAACGGCCGUUACUACUGGGGCGGGGCUUACACUCGGUACAUGGCAAAACACGGGACGGAUGACGGCAUGGUGUGGAUGAACUGGAAGGGAUCCUGGUACUCUCUCAAAGCCAUCUGCAUGAAGAUCAGGCCCUACUUCGCCUCGCGGUAGACACACACAGGGACACGCACAGACACACACACAGACACACACACACAGACACACACACAGAGACACACACACAGGGACACACACAGGGACACGCACAGACACACACACAGAGACACACACAGACACACACACAGGGACACGCACACAGGGACACGCACACAGGGACACGCACAUAGGGACACGCACACAGGGACACACACACAGGGACACACACACAGAGACACACACACAGAGACGCACACACAGGGACACACACACAGGGACACACACACAGGGACACACACACAGGGACACGCACACAGGGACACGCACACAGGGACACACACACAGGGACACACACACAGGGACACACACACAGGGACUGAGCGGCACCCUACUAACUGAGCAUGUGUUGUUCUUCUGUGAGUGAUUGUGUGGUGUGUGUUUGUCUUUGGGACAAGUAUAUGUAGAAGUAUAUAUAUAUAUGUGUAUAUAAAGUAUACAAUUAGAUAUUAGCUGUCCCUUAGUAUACUCAAUAAAAACAUAUUGAGGAACCUA